AUGAAUAUAAUUUCUAAUUUUGUUUUUCGUCAAUCUAUUUGUUUAUCAACUCGACAUUUGUUAAUAAACAAUCGAACAUAUAAAUCAAAUUUAUCUUAUGAUAAAUUAUUUCCAAAUUCUAAAUCACUUGAUACUUUAUCUGGACCUAUUACAGCACCUACGAAUGAAUCGACCGGUAAAGAUAAAUUCAAUGGAUUUAUUCCGACAGAUAAACUAGAUAUUACACAUCGACAUGCUCGAGGUCCAGGUGGUCAGCAUGUAAAUAAAACAUUAAGUGGUGUUGAAAUUCGUUUUCAUAUUGAUUCAGCAACAUGGAUACCAGAUUGGAUAAAACCACGUUUUCGUGAUAUGUAUCAAUCACGUAUUAAUCGAGAUGGUUAUUUUAUAAUAUUUUCUGAUGAAACUCGCCAUCGAUUAUUAAAUCAAGCACAAUGUUUAGAUCGAAUUCGAGCAUUAAUCCGUGAUGCAAGUAUUAUUCCAAAAGGAUUGAGUGAAGAAGAGAAAAAAACAAUUGAACAACGAAAACAAUCGGCAUCAUCAGAACGUGUUAUUCGCAAGCGAAUGCAUUCACUAAAUAAACAAGAUCGGAAAUCUUCGUCAAUAGAUUUGAAUUGA